AUGUGGCUCGCUGGUGGAAGGAAGACUGUCGCAUUGGGAUGGACUGUGAUAGGCAGACGUUCCACAAAUGCAAGAUGUCUAUAUAGUACGAAGUCAAAGGCUUAUCAACCUCUUCCUGAAGGAUGGGAAGCAAUCAUUGGGGUGGAGGUACAUGCUCAAUUGAAAGCAAAGAAGAAAUUGUUCAGUCAUGCAAAUACACCGAACAAUCGAGUAGGUCAACAAUCACCAGAGAAUACUUGUGUGGCUCCUUUUGAUGCAGCCUUACCCGGGACAUUACCAGCCAUACAAUCGGAAUCGGUUCGAUUAGCCUUGAAGGCGGGAAUCGCAUUGGAGUGUGAGAUUGGGAAAACGAUCUCUUUUGAUCGAAAGCAUUAUUUCUACCCCGAUCUGACAAGUGGAUAUCAAAUUUCUCAAAAAUAUGCGCCUCUAGCCAGAAAUGGACGAUUGAAGCUCUUAUUCGAUGAUGGACAUCUGUCUUCGCCAGAAGAUGAAGUAGAUGUCAGAAUUGAACAAAUACAAUUGGAACAGGAUACAGCAAAAUCUUCCCAUCACAUAUCGGAAACCGCUGGCUCGCUUACCACGAUAGACUUAAACAGAGCAGGAUCAGCUUUGAUCGAAAUUGUCAGUGGACCGGACUUGCGUACACCCGAACAGGCAGGAGCAUAUGUGCGAAAGCUACGAGAAAUUCUACGAAGAAUAGGCGCCUCUGAUGGUAAUAUGGAUGAAGGCUCACUUCGAUGUGAUGUGAACGUAUCGGUACAUCGAACAGGUGAGCCUUGGGGAGUACGCUGUGAGGUGAAAAAUGUCAAUAGUGUUCGAUUCGUUAUGAAUGCGAUCAUUUCGGAAAUGCAUAGACAACAAAAACUUUUAUCAGCCGGUGAACUCGUCGAACAAGAAACUCGUGGUUACAAUGAAUUGGACGGAUCUACGGUUCGACUUCGAUCAAAAGAAGAUGCACCUGAUUACCGAUACAUGCCAGACCCGAAUUUACCACCUCUACGAAUAGGCUCUUCUUUCUUAGAAGAGAUACGAGAAGAAUUGCCAGAGCUACCAGCAGAGCAACGGUCAAGGCUUAUGCAGCAAUACGGAGUGGGAUUACGUGAUACCAAUGUGCUCAUGCGUAUUGGUCUUGACGAUGACGCUGAUGUCAGUACGGCUGAACGUGCUUCAGAUGCAGUCGCUUACUACGAGCAAGUGGCUGAAGGACGCGAUGGACAGAUGGUGAUGAAUUGGAUCAUCCACGAGUUGUUAAAGACGCUCAAUGCCCAAGAAAAAAGCUUCGCUCAGAAUCCUAUCCAGGCUUCGGAUUUAGGAGAUCUGUUGGAUCUUGUACAAAAUGACAAGGUGACUAAAGCAACGGCCAAAGCGUUUCUGUCCGAGCUGAUCAAAACAGAAGGAAAGAUCUUAACGGAAUUUAAGCAAGAGAACACAAGCGCCGUUCAAGCUUGUCUAGAAUCACGAAACGCUUUGGCCCUCGAUUCUGGAGAUGCAUUGGUGAGCGUUUGCAAGGAGGUGGUAGAGGCAUUGCCAGAUGCUGUAGAAGCCGUUAGAUCUGGCAACAAGAAGGUAAUGCAGAGAUUGGUAGGCGAAGUGAUGAAGCGGACCAAAGGACGAGCAAAUGCAAAGGUUGCCAAUCAAAUAUUGGAUGAAUUGGUUCAUCCCAAAUGA